AUGGCUUUGGCCGGGCUGUGCUCGCUGCUGGCCGGCUGCUGCCUGGCCGCGGGCAGCGGCCCCGCCGAGGCGGCGGCGGAGGCGGCGGCCAAGGAGCUGGAGUGCAAGCUGAAGAGCAUCACGGUGUCGGCGCUGCCCUUCCUGCGGGAGAACGACCUCAGCAUCAUGCACGGCCCCUCGGCCGCCGAGCCCAAGCUGCUCUUCUCGGUCCGCAACGAUUUCCCCGGCGAGAUGGUGGUGGUGGACGACCUGGAGAACACGGAGCUGCCUUACUUCGUGCUGGAGAUCUCAGGCAACACGGAUGACAUCCCCCUGGUGCGCUGGCGGCAGCAGUGGCUGGAGAAUGGCACCUUGCUCUUCCACAUCCACCACCAGGACGGGGCCCCCAACCUGCCCGGCUUCGACCCCACCGAGGAGCCCCAGACCGAGUCGGCCGAGGAGGAGCUGAGGAUCCUCCACAUCUCUGUCAUGGGAGGGAUGAUCGCCCUGCUGCUGUCCAUCCUGUGCCUGGUGAUGAUCCUGUACACCCGCCGGCGCUGGUGCAAGCGGCGCCGCGUGCCGCAGCCCCAGAAGAGCGCCAGCGCCGAGGCCGCCAACGAGAUCCACUACAUCCCAUCGGUGCUGAUCGGGGGCCACGGGCGGGAGAGCCUGCGCAACGCCCAGCGCGUGCAGGGCCACAACUCCAGCGGCACGCUCAGCAUCCGCGAGACGCCCAUCCUGGACGGCUACGAGUACGACAUCACCGACCUGCGGCACCACCUGCAGCGCGAGUGCAUGAACGGCGGCGAGGACUUCGCCAGCCAGGUCACCCGCACGCUGGACUCGCUGCAGGGCUGCAACGAGAAGGCCAGCAUGGACCUCACUCCAGGGAGCGACAACGCCAAGCUGUCCCUGAUGAACAAGUACAAGGACAACAUCAUUGCCACCAGCCCCGUGGACUCCAACCACCAGCAGGCCACGCUGCUGUCCCACACCUCCAGCAGCCAGCGCAAGCGCAUCAACAACAAGGCGCGAGCUGGCUCAGCGUUUCUCAACCCUGAGGGGGACUCAGGGACAGAGGCAGACACCGAUCCCCAGCUGACCUUCUACACGGACCCCUCGCGGAGCCGCAGGCGCAGCCGAGUGGGGUCCCCCCGAAGCCCUGUGAACAAGACCACUCUGACCCUCAUCAGUGUGACGAGCUGUGUCAUCAGCCUGGUGUGCUCCUCUCACAUGAACUGUCCCCUUGUGGUCAAGAUCACCCUCCAUGUCCCUGAGCACCUGAUCGCCGACGGGAGCCGGUUCAUCCUGCUGGAGGGGAGCCAGCUGGAUGCCAGUGACUGGCUGAACCCAGCACAGGUUGUCCUCUUCUCCCAGCAAAACUCCAGUGGGCCCUGGGCCCUGGACCUGUGUGCCCGGCGCCUCCUGGACCCCUGUGAGCACCAGUGUGACCCCGAGACCGGUGAGUUGUCCUGCCGUGCCCCUGAUGUCCCUGUCUCCACAGGGGAAUGUCUCUGCUAUGAAGGUUACAUGAAGGACCCUGUGCACAAGCACCUCUGCAUCAGGAACGAGUGGGGAACGAACCAGGGGCCCUGGCCAUACACCAUCUUCCAGCGUGGCUUUGACUUGGUGCUGGGUGAGCAGCCCUCUGACAAGAUUUUUCGGUUCACCUACACCUUGGGGGAGGGCAUGUGGCUGCCCCUGAGCAAGAGCUUCGUCAUCCCACCAGCUGAGCUGGCCAUCAACCCCUCAGCCAAGUGCAAGACUGACAUGACGGUGAUGGAAGAUGCAGUGGAGGUCAGGGAAGAGCUGAUGACCUCGUCCUCCUUCGACAGCCUGGAGGUGCUGCUGGACUCCUUCGGCCCCGUGCGCGACUGCUCCCGGGACAACGGCGGCUGCAGCAAGAACUUCCGCUGCAUCUCGGACCGCAAGCUGGACUCCACGGGCUGUGUGUGCCCCACGGGACUGAGCCCCAUGAAGGAUGGCACGGGCUGCUACGACCGGCACGUGGGCGUGGACUGCUCUGACGGCUUCAACGGGGGCUGCGAGCAGCUGUGCCUGCAGCAGAUGGUGCCCCUGCCCGAGGACCCCCUGCUCUACAACAUCCUCAUGUUCUGUGGGUGCAUUGAGGACUACAAGCUGGGUGCGGAUGGGCGCUCGUGCCAGCUGAUCUCGGAGUCGUGCCCCGAGGCCGGGGACUGCGGCGAGCCCCGCGAGCUGCCCAUGAACCAGACCCUCUUUGGGGAGCUCUUCUACGGCUACAACAACCACACCAGGGAGGUGGCACCGGGCCAGGUGCUCAAAGGGACCUUCAGGCAGAACAACGUUGCCCGGGGCCUGGAGCAGCAGCUGCCUGAUGGGCUGGUGGUGGCCACAGUGCCCUUGGAGAACCAGUGCCAAGAGGAGCUCUCUGACCCCACUCCUGACCCUGAGUUCCUCACUGGGAUGGUGAACUUCAGUGAGGUGUCUGGGUACCCCCUCCUGCAGCACUGGAAGGUGCAGUCUGUCAUGUACCAUGUCCGGCUCAACCAGAUGACCAUCUCCCAAUCCUUCAGCAAUGCACUCCACUCUCUGGAUGGAGCCACCUCCCGUGGAGAUUUUGUGGCGCUGCUGGACCAGUUUGGCAACCACUACAUCCAAGAGGCAGUGUAUGGCUUUGAGGAGUCCUGCUCCAUCUGGUAUCCCAACAGGCAGGUCCAGCGGCAGCUCUGGCUGGAGUAUGAGGACAUCAGCAAAGGCAACUCACCCUCGGAUGAGUCAGAGGAGCGGGAACGGGACCCCAAGGUGCUGACGUUCCCCGAGUACAUCGCCAGCCUCUCGGAGUCGGGCACCAAGCGCGUGGCGGCCGGCGUGCGCAUGGAGUGCCAGAGCCGCGGGCGCUGCCCCUCCUCCUGCCCGCUCUGCCACGUCUCCUCCAGCCCCGAGGUGCCAGCUGAGCCCAUCCUGCUGGAGGUCACCAAGGCAGCCCCCCUCUACGAGCUGGUCACCAACAACCAGACCCAGCGGCUGCUGCAGGAGGCCACCAUGAGCUUGCUGUGGUGCUCGGGCAGCGGGGAUGUCAUCGAGGACUGGUGCCGCUGUGACUCCAGUGCCUUCGGGGCCGACGGGCUGCCCACCUGUGCUCCUCUCCCACACCCCAUCCUGCGUCUCUCCACUGUACAUGAGCCCAGCAGCACACUGGUGGUACUGGAGUGGGGCCACUCAGAGCCCCCCAUUGGGGUGCAGAUUGUGGACUACCUCCUCCGUCAAGAGAAGGUCACUGACAGAAUGGACCACUCCAAGGUGGAGACAGAGACAGUGCUGAGCUUUGUGGAUGACAUCAUCUCUGGUGCCAAGUCCCCCUGUGCCAUGCCAGCCCAAGUGCCUGACAGACUCUCCUCCACCAUCUCCCUCAUCAUCCGCUGCCUGGAGCCCGACACCACCUACAUGUUCACGCUCUGGGGAGUUGACAACACAGGAAGGCGUUCCAGGUCAAGUGAUGUGACGGUCAAGACACCGUGCCCUGUGGUAGAUGAUGUGAAAGCUCAAGAAAUAGCAGACAAGAUCUACAACCUCUUCAAUGGCUACACGAGCGGCAAGGAGCAGCAGACAGCCUACAACACCCUGCUGGACCUGGGCUCCCCCAGCCUCCACCGAGUCCUCUACCACUACAACCAGCACUACGAGAGCUUUGGGGAGUUCACCUGGCGCUGUGAGGAUGAGCUGGGGCCCAGGAAGGCUGGCCUCAUCCUCUCGCAGCUGGGGGACCUCAGCAGCUGGUGCAAUGGCCUCCUGCAGGAGCCCAAGAUCAGCCUGCAGCGCUCCUCCCUCAAGUACCUGGCCUGCCGCUACAGCGAGAUCAAGCCCUAUGGGCUCGACUGGUCGGAGCUCAGCCGCGACCUCAGGAAGACGUGCGAGGAGCAGACGCUGAGUGUCCUGUACAAUGACUAUGGUGACAAGGACUACUGAGGCUUCUGGGCACCUGCUCUCAGGCUGGCCUUCCCAUGGGCGUUUCUGAGGGUUUCACACAUGGACCCAUGGAGGGGGAGGGUGUCGCUGAUGUUUCUGGAGGCAAGGAUUUGGACUGGGGCGCAAAACCGGCUGCUCUGUGCAGGACUGACUCAGUAUUAGUUUCUUCUUCAACUUGGCCAAAAGCCUUUCUAGUUAGAAGUCUUGUGGGACCCAGUUUUCUUGGUUUUGUUUUAUUCAUUUUGCCAAGAGGUUCCUCAGCAUUGGUGGAGAAGGCAGGCUGGGAGGGCACAGCCCUCUUCUCCUGCCCCAUCCCUGCCCUGGCUGUGGGGACUGUCUCCAAAGAUGGGCCACACCAGUCGUGGGAGAAAAGUGGUGACACAGCCAGGAUGGGAGAGCAGGUGAUGCAGGCAAAAAUGGAGGCAGGGCAUGCAGGUCAAGUUGAGAUGCUUAUGGUUAUGGCUGAGCUAAUCAGCCACUGGGAGGCCAGCAGGGUUGGGAUGGGGUUUUUUGCAAUUGUAGAUCAUGAGGUCUGGGUGAGACCUGAGAGAACAAUGGUGCUGUUGGUGGGCAGAGCUGGUGUGGUGUCAUCAGCUGGAGCGAAGAGGCAGGGGCAUUGUGACCCCAUCUCCUCAGGUUCUUCUGCCAUGGCCAAAACCCACAUGUGCUCCAAGAUACAGAGUCCUCCAGAACAAAAGCAGCUUGGCCUCAGGGCCAGUAGUCAGCUGGACAUUGUGAGCUUUCUUCUUGAGGGACCACAUUCCCUGGAAGUCAACCUUAAAAUCCUUUCUAUUAUUUUUUUUUCCCCACUAUAAUAAAAACUUAGGAGCAACAUCAAGCUGCUGCUGAGGAGAACUCAGCUAGGAGAGGAGCAGCCAGAUGACACAGACAAGAUGUUCUGCACCAGACACUUGCAGCUGUGGGAUAGCCCAGGCUCUGUGUGGUGAGGGGAGAGGGAUGCAAGGUACCCCAAUGCUGUGGUGCAGGAUGGUGCUGAAGGUUCUGGUCCCAGAAAGGGCAUGGAGGACAGGCUUCUGGGGGUGUUGCUUGCCUGUGUUCAGGGCUCACAUCUGCCUCUUCCUCUGGUAACUUUUUUUUUAAAGCUAGAGAGCUGGGGUUGUACUGGGACACUGGGUUUGGUUCCGAGUAAACAAUUCUCCAAAUCCCUGUCCCUGCUGAUGAUGUUGGAGGCAGAAAACAGGUUCCUUUUAGCUUCAGCUUCCUGCCUGGUUUGCAGAGGAGGCACCUCUGGACUUGCCAGCUGUGCACCUUUGAUCUAGACAAGACCAGAGCCCUACAGUGGGAUUUUUACGAUGCCUCCAGAGAGAAAUUUCCUUUUUGAUUUUUUUCAGUCUUGGCAGGAACAGUCUUCAGCCUGUCUCAUAUGAUUUUCUGCCUCAUUCCUCCUCCUACCUGCCAAGGACAUGGCUUGAAUAUUUGUGUGGUGCUGAGAGGGAGGCGGCUGCGCUCUGC